AUGUACGUGAGUUAUCUUUUGGACAAGGACACUAGCAUGUACCCCAAUUCCGUGCGACAUCCGAGCCUAAACCUGAACCCCCAGAACUUUGUACCCCCGCCACCCCAAUAUUCGGAUUUCACCGGAUAUCAUCACGUCCCAGGGAUUAAUACCAGUGACCCUCACCACGGCCAGACGGGUGGCUGGAACCCAGCAUACGCACCCCCACGAGACGAAUGGGCUCCUUACGGGCCGGGGUCAGGACCCUCCACCUCUAACCCGGGACAGAUCGGUUUCAGCCCACCGGAGUUUUCUCCCGUCCAACCACCGGGGCUUCUCCCGCCGCCGAUCAAUUCGCCUGUCGGCCAACUCUCCCCAAAUUCUCAGCGGAGAAACCAUUAUGAUUGGAUGAGGCGUAACGCACCGCCACCAACUCCAGGUGGGAAGACACGCACAAAAGACAAGUACAGAGUGGUGUACACGGACCACCAGCGGCUGGAGCUGGAGAAGGAGUUCCACUACAGUCGAUACAUCACCAUCAGGAGGAAAGCAGAGCUGGCCACCGCCCUCAGCCUCUCAGAGCGGCAGGUGAAAAUCUGGUUCCAGAACAGGAGGGCCAAAGAGAGGAAAGUGAACAAAAAGAAGAUGCAGCAACCGCAGCAGGCCUCCACGACCACGCCCACUCCACCCGGAAUCAGCGCCCCCAGCAACGUCGCCAUGGUGACAAGCAGCAGCAACGGUCUCGUGUCACCUUCAAUGCCGAUGUCUAUCAAAGAGGAGUACUGA